CUGCCACUUUCUACCUAGUGAGCUUCCCUAGGAGCAGAUACGAAACAACCCUUCACCCUUUCAAACCCUUCGUCAAAUCUUCGAAUGCUAUUCGCGACAUCAUGGGACGACAAUUAUAGCGAAACGGUCCCUAGGGACAAAUACCACAAAUCUUCUUGUUGGGGACUUGGUCUGCAUUCUGUAGCCUCCGAAAUAUUCAACGAAAACAUUAAACAAAAUUCUCUAAACUAGCCACAUUUCUACCAUAAAUACCGCAUUUUACGAAAUUAAGACAGCACGCUGUAAGGGACUGUAGAAGGCGUACUUUGGAGACGUACCAAUUGGCCGACGGUACAUCCAAGGAUUUUGAACCGCGCAAAGUUCCUAUCGUGUAUACGAAAUCACAGUUGCUAUCACCGUCAGUAUGGCGAACGAUUUAAUUCACGACUCGACCGGCGCGAAUCUGCUGGCUUUCGCCGCGCGUGGGGCGGGCAUGCAACAUGUACCGGAAGACGAGGCUGCGGCUGAAGUUGACGAACCUCCCGAUAAUAGACGUUCACGUCCGGAGACCCAAUUUAAGCGGAGUGUCAUACGAAAAACAGCGGAUAAUUCCGAAUCUCUUCUAACGAAAGCCCUUCAUCAUUCAGAGGAGGAUACUAUUAAUUUGAGUUUCGACUCAUCACGGCGACGUUCAAUGAAUAGCAACGUCAGCCUCGCAUCUACUGCCGACCUUACCAGCGACACUGGCUUUACAAGCCCCGCGCGCACAAACACACCCAGUCCGCCGCCACCUGUAAUAUCACUUCCACGGUUGAACACGGACCUAUAUUUCGAUGCGAAACCCAAAUUUACUCCGCAUCGUAACCCCCAACAACCCAUGCAUGUGGCCGCUUUGAGUAAGCCAGUGGGAAGCAAUGGGUUGCCAAAGGAUCCUACAGUAGAAGCUUUGACCAAAAAGCGCUGCAUUUCAUUCGCGUGUGGACAAAAAUCCGAUACUACGAAACCACCAUCUCUGCAGUCAGUUGAGUCCAAGCCACCAGUAAACGAGAAGCCGCAGAGGAAAUCUUGCAUAAAAUUUGCAUGUCCUGCAAAGCUAGCUCCUCGGACACCACCGAAGCAAGAUACGCAGCAGGCCGUACUCACCUCAGCCAUUGCAUCACUGAAGGAAAGCAAUGGUUCUCCUGUUACUGUGCGUAAGCUUCGGUCGUCUUCCGCUACACGCGGGCGGUCGCUUAGGUCAUUAACCCCGCGGCCGUCAUCGCGAAGCCCAAUGCCAGUUCGGUCGGCCAAGUAUUUGACCGCGAACCCAAAUGAUUUGAAUAGCGAGUCUUCUCGUUUUCAUGAGUUUGCUAGUGACGAGCCGCAAGAGGAGGAUUGGAUCCGUCUGAAUCUUCCACCACCUGGCCGUCGAUUAACUAUUAACGAUACACUGAAGAAGGAAAAUGAGAUUCGGCGGUUAGGAAAAGAAGCCGAAGAGGAAGAAUUGGAAGAGGAGGAAGAUGAAGAGGCGGAGGAGCUAAACGAUGACGACGAUGAAGAGGAUGAGGAUGAAGAGGACGAAGUAGACCUUCCGGAUGAGACUAUAGAGGAAGAUGAGAUAGACGACGGGUACGAGGUCGACAACCAGUCGGGCUAUGGAUCUGACGACGACUUUUCGGAUGGUUACAAUACCGACAACGAAAUCGGAUUUGCUGAUUCUGAUGAUGACAAUGACAGCGGGAAUCUGGAUUUGUGGACUCCUAGUCGUGGUCCGGUUCAAAACUCCGGAAAUACGCCUAUCUUCCGUCGACUAUCUAUGACGGGUAACCGGUCUGAUUCAUCAUCGUCUUCCGAUAUGCCCAAUCCCCCGACCAGGACAUCACGAGAGAAGCCUCGUCGGAUUAAGAUGCGACCUGGUACACCAGAGUUGCCCGAUAGUACCGAUUUCGUUUGUGGUACGCUCGAUGAGGACCGUGCGCUAGAGGAUGCUUAUAUCUCGUGCAUAGCCGCGAGGCGACGCGAGAAGCUUCAUCCAAUUCCUCAAGAUAUCGACCCAAGCUUCCCGACGUCCGAGCCGGAAGAUGAGGAUAUUGAACUUAAUAUCCCUGUCCGCGAGAGUGAUGGUCACCUAUCUGAGGACCCGUAUGACAUUGAGAAUGGUGCUGAGCGACGAAGAAGAAAGAUCGACCAGAUAUCGCCUCGACGAUAUCAUUCUCCUCCACCUAAGCGUCACCACUCUCCCCCAAAGCCGCGAGGCCGGUCGCCCAAGCGUCUUUUCGACGGGUGUUCACCUCGUCGACUGGUCUCACCGGCUCCAGGCCCUGUGGUACAGUCCCCUCCGUCAUCAUUGGUUCACGAUGCGAACCGUGGAAGGCAUGAAUUCAAGACUCUUGCUUUUCGGCCUGGAUUGACGCAUACCAAGUCACUCCCACGAGCUCCUGCAAUGUUCCCGCAUCAUCUCAAGGGCCAUCGUCGACCGGGCAAGUCUUCGGGCGCUACAACGAAACGUCACGUACGAGGUGCGAUUGACAUUGUCAAAGGCCUCGAACAGAAGCGCCAGCGCCGGAAAGAGAAAUUUAAGGAGAAGUAUUUUCAGAAACACUGCAACAAGGCGCGAAAAGGCCAGGUUAUUGAGAAGAAGCCUCAGCCUGGCCAGGGCGCCGAGAGGAUGCGAGAAAUCGGAUUACUCAUGGCUGGGAAGCUAGGCCCGGACCAGUUCGUCCUGUCCAUCUAGUGGAGGCUUUGCUACGGCUACUGAGUGCAGGAUUGCAUUGUUCACUAUAAUCCUUCAUUGCAUCUAUUUUUGUUUUAUAGACGGACUCGGUAUCAUUGGUGCUGAGACCGUUAUUGUACAUAGUUUUUAUUUUUCUCUCGUUCUUCAUGAACUUUGGCGGGUCGAUAUUCUCGCAGGACAAUGCAUACUUCGCAUUUCACGGCACAGGGGCGGGCAGCAUUGGUCAUUCAUGAUACCACUUGGGAACGGCACAUUAGGCAUUAACGGCGGCGGCGAUCUGGUUAUAUACUUGAAAUUGAGCAUAUUUGUUGACACAUGAUUGCCUGUUUGCUCGUGCAUUUGGAUAUGAAAUGGAUGAAAUAGUUUAUGAUGAUGAUGAUUAUCUGAUGGGAAUGGCAAUUCAAUAUAGUAUACACUGCUCUGCUCAUACUGUCUACAUUAGAUACGAUCUUGCGCGCAAUAGUACAUAGAUUUGUGAAAUGAUGCCAAAGCCC